CCCAUGUUGACAUUUGUUUUGUUUUUUUUUAUGGCCUCGAAUUGAUGAACGGUUUCUAACGAUUUUUAUUUUGCAAUAAAUUGUUUACAAAACAAUGGAAGUAGAGGAUAAUGAAACUUUUCAACAGCAAGCAUUGGAAAUAACACCACCUGGAGAUGAUUUUGAUCCCUCAAAACAGCCACAAAGUGGUGAAGAGUAUUUAAUGCACAUGCUAUAUGAACGUAAAAAAUUUCCAGCGGUUGUGGUCAAAAGGCCCACAAAGUUGGAAAAGAAUGCUCAAACAAAUUUAGUGGGACAAGAGUUAAGCUGUGUAGAUGUUUUACCCGAUGGCAAUCUAUUGCCCACUAUCGAAUGGAAGAAUAUACAAUCAGCCAAUUUCAUAAGGACACGUUCUAAGAUUAUUAUGUUACGUCAGCAUUUGGCACAAAACAAUUAUGACAACAAAUUGGAGCCACCCUUGAUUACCGAUGAGUUGGCUUGGUUGAAGUUUUGUCAAGAGAAUCAACCUCUCUUAAGCACAAUUUUACGUUUUAAUCAACGUACUUUAGAACAACUGCUAAUAAUGUUAGGUGAUUGGUUAGAUGGUGACCGUGAUGAGAACGCUGACGCCGAAGGUUUACCCAUAGCAUCUGCUUCCUCUUCCACAUCUGCAGCUGUCUCGUCGGUGGCAAUUUUAGAUUUAGCUUGUAGUGACCAAUGGCUAGGCGAUUGGUUGUAUGCAGUAUUAGCUUGUCUGCAUUUACCGCUGGAGCCUAAUGUGCACAGCACUUUAAGGGAUAUUGCCAGAUCUUGUAUGCAGUUGAGAGGACGUCUCAAGUCUCAUGAAUAUGAAAAGGCUAUACCCUAUAAUUUAUUUAUCUAUCUCAUUGGUAAAAUCUUUGAUCAAUUAGAUUUACUAGAAUAUGUUUAAAAUAUUGUAGUGUUAAUCAUACAGGGUAUUUUGUAAGAAAUAAUAAAUUAAUAACAACCAAGUUGAAGUUAA